UACCCUACAGGCGCUUUGGAGGAUUGCCAGGGUCAAGGAGGUUCAUGUUGAUUUGUUCGGCCUCAGUAGCGAUACGAGGGGUACUCGAGGAGCGCAGCUUUUAAGGCGGGGCAUGCGUCCUGAAAUUGUUGGCAUCGAUUAUCUUCAUUUCUAUAUUGUCUCAGUACUAGAUAUUUCUUCCCCUCAUUGUUCGCGCUUUUGUAUAAUUGCUUAUUGGCGGCCAUCACUAUGGACGAGGACAACGCCGACUUAGUCUACACUCCUCCACCCUCAUCUCGGUCUGAAUGUCGCAUGCGCAGAAAGGUAACUCAACCACCUCAAGAAACCAUGAAACAGUUCUGGGAUGAUUUCAAUUCCAAGUUUCCUGGAUUGGUUAAUACGGUGUUGCCGGACAAUCCAUAUGCGCGCACAAAAGCUGCGAGAACACCAAAAGGUGUGAUUCAGGGACAACACGCCAGCAAGUCUUAUGAGCAGGCUCGGCUGGAAUGCCAGCGCGCUGUCGAGCGCAUUGCAAGGGAAUGCGGACGAUUGAAUCAAAAAUAUACCGACCCGCAUUUUGAUAUCGAAGUCGACUUGAAAUGCGGAAGAAGGAACUACCUCGAAGGUCUGGCCCAACAGAAUCUGGAGAUGCUUCCGAGGGGCGUCAAGAGGGUAACUGAGAUCUUCGACAAGCCGGAAUUCUAUAUCAACGGGCCCACUGCCUCGGAUGUACGUCAAGGCCGCGACGGAGAUUGUUGGUUCAUGGCUGCGCUUUGUACCAUGGGAAACAAGGAAGGGUUGAUCGAGAAGGUUUGCGUCGCUCGCAAUGAGAAAGUUGGGGUCUAUGGUUUUGUGUUUUACCGAGAUGGUGACUGGCAGCAAUGCAUCGUGGACGACAAACUAUAUCUUCGUGCCGCGGAUUACGACGAGUCUGUGGAGGAACGGCCAAUUUGGGAUGACAUCAAUCGGAUGGACACAGAAGAAGAGUAUCGCAAAGUCUGGCAAACCGGCUCGCGUGCUCUUUAUUUCGCUCAAUGUGUGGAUGAAAACGAAACCUGGUUGCCUUUGCUUGAAAAGGCUUACGCCAAGGCACAUGGCGACUACUCUGCCAUCGAAGGCGGUUUUGUCGGGGAGGCUCUCGAGGACCUCACUGGCGGUGUCACUUCCGACAUACUCACGAGCAAUAUCCUAGACAAGGACCGUUUUUGGAAGGAAGAGCUCAUGCAAGUCAACAAGGAAUUUCUCUUUGGCUGUGGUACCGGGCUGUUCUCCAACUGGCUCGACCCGGAUUAUCGUGGUCCUCCUAGAGACAGAAAGGGCAUCUCCGAGAAUCAUUCAUAUUCGAUAAUGGAAGCGAGAGAAAUCGAUGGACAGCGCUUGCUCCGGCUGAGAAACCCCUGGGGUAAGAAAGAAUGGACUGGAGCGUGGAGCGACGGAUCCGAGCAGUGGACUCCAGAAUGGAUGGCGAAAUUGGGACAUAAAUUUGGCAACGACGGCUUGUUCUGGAUCUCCUACGACGACCUCCUCAAGAAAUACCAACAUUUCGAUCGCAUCCGUCUAUUCAACGACGAAUGGACAAUCACCCAGCAGUGGACAACCCUGAACGUCCCAUGGUCAGCAGAUUACCACAGCACCAAAUUCGUUCUUGAUGUUAAGAACCCCGGCCCCGCCAUCAUAGUCCUCUCCCAACUCGACGACCGAUAUUACAAAGGCCUCGCGGGGGAAUACGAAUUCGUCCUGAAAUUCCGACUUCAAAAAGAAGGCGAAGACGACUACUUCGUCCGCAGCCACGGCAACGAACUCAUGUGUCGAUCCGUCAACGUCGAAGUCGACCUCGAAGCAGGCCGCUAUUACGUCCUCAUGAAAGUCACCGCGUACCGAAACCGAGACAAACUCCCUACCGAAGAAGCCGUCCGGCGACUCGCUCCCAUCCAACGCGGUAAACUCCUCCAAAUCGGUCUCUCCUACGACCUAGCCCACGCCAAGGGCAUCGUUCAAGAGACCCCAGCGGAGAAACAAGCCCGCGAAGAGCGAGAAGAGCGACGCAAGGCCGCCGAACGCCGAAAACACCGAGACGAAACCAAAAAGAGACUUCAAAAAGAAUGGAUCCGGAUCAGAAAGUUAGAGGCCAGACAACGUCGACUUGAAGAAAGACUCGCGACCAAGUCUCAGACUGUCACUGUGACUGUCAAGAAGGCUGAAUCCGCCGCUGCUGAGGAGAUGGUUGUCCCCGACGGUCCGGUAAAAUCACCCUCAAACUUGCCGAUCAGUGAACUCGACCUUAGCGAGAAGGAUCCUAUUCCUUCGGUUCAGUUCAGCGGUGGUCAUCAUGCUCGAGGCAGAAAUUCCCUUUCUGUUCGGGAUAAUCACCACACCUCUCAUCAUUAUCAUCAUCAUCAUUCAGAGUAUCUGGAUGGGUUCGAAUUCGACUCGGAUAUCGAUAUGCCCCCGGAUGAGCCGACUGAGAUCCGCACGCCUACGAGGACCUCGUGCAGUGGUGAGGGAGACGCUAAUAGUGAUCCAUGGAAUGCUGUAUCUGUGGUCGGCUUGCGCGUUUAUUCAAAGGACUCCCAGCUGUCUCUGGAGGUGCUCCGCCCCGUGCCGGAAGAUGAUGUCGAGGCAUCGCUUGAUAUGGAUGAUCCAGCGGCGAGUGCGGCAUCCGAGAAUAUAGUGUCUCGAUUGGUGGAGAUGCAAGAUAGCGGGCAUGUCUAGUAGUCUAGUUGAGGGGAUGGUGGCUAUUCGGCUAGAUAUGAUUGUUUUGAUGCCGUUUUCUCUUGUUUAUUCAUAGUAAGCAAAACCCAGAAGCUCGCACUGUGUAUCUCAGAGACAUUUUGGUUUCAAUCUGACUCAGAAUUCC